AGGAGGACCCCAAAACCCAAAAUAGGAAAGGCUCGGCCCUUUUCGUCAUGAAUGAUCGUCGAGGUAUUCCGAUUGCUCCAUUGUUUUUAUAUACGUAUCUUUUAUCUUCGUUUGGAAAUUAAGGGUUCUGAUCCAGAAUGGAGAACAACAGCUACAAGGAUAGCCAAGAGAAUGAAAUAAAAAAACAGGAAGAUAAAAUCGAGAGUUUACAGCAGCAGCUAAUGAGUAGACGAGACAAUCGUCGUACAGUCCCUAAUCCACAUAGCUUUAAUGGUACCUAUUUGGAUCAGAGACUGAUCGAUUGGCUCGACACAAGAAAUGCCUUCAUGGUGGAAGGUGACUCAGGAGCUAUUAUAGAAUCGUUUAAUGAUGAUACAACUACAGUAGAAACUAAUGAUGAAUAUAAGCUGAAGCUUGAGCAAAUAUGUAUGCCACUAAAAUUCGAAACAUUAUCAUGGUGUGAUGAAAGGAAAAGGGAACUUAAAUCUACUGAAGAUGAAAGACGUUUACGCCAUUUCCUGUGUCGAGCCAUUUCAAAAAACGCACGUAUGAUUGCCGUUGACCUAGAUGUGUCCAAUUUGUUAGACCAUCUCUUUUCCAAAUUCUGCAUUACUGAUGACGAAUACAACGAACUCCAUUCUUUGGAUAAGUCCAAGAACCUUGCUAGAACCGUAUUAGGAGUAAUUUUAAGAAGGGAUUGUUGGACACUGCUGUCCUACAUUGACAUCAUUUUCGAGUGUGGUGAACAUAUAGCUAGAAGUAUCACGGCCGCAUAUGAUAGCAUUGUCAAUAAUUCAGACUCCCAAUGUGCUGAAACAGGGCGAUCAUGCUCACACUGCCUUCUGCUAGAAAGGACGGAGCCUAUUUUAAUUAUAGAUUCACUGAUAAGCCAUGACUAUGCAACAUUGUUGCCAUUUUACGAACAAGUUGCAAACUGCAGGGAUAACGUUCCAGAGAAGAGAAAAGAAUGGUGGGGUAACCUUAUGAAGCAUGUCCAUAAAGGCGGGGCUUCAGCAGAGGUGACACAAAUAAUUAUAGAAGCUCUAGAAGAAUGUAGAUUUCACUCGGAUAUUGUAAGAAACCUGCGUGAGGACCAAAGCAAACAUGUUAACAGCUUUCUGUGCACAAAUAUCCACAGUGUAAACUUGAACUCUAGUCCUCGUGCUGAAGUCGAAGAAUAUGACCCACGGAUGCAAGAACUAAAAGUUGUCGAUGAUGAAAACACAAACUUGAAAAUGUUUCAAACAAUAAAAUCUAAGGUCAUUGUGAAGAAGAUGCACCAGCUGAAAUCAUUUGAUUUAGAGAAUCUGUUUGACGACCAAAGACACAAUGAUAACGGUUUCAUGUAUAAAUAUACACACAAGUCUAGCCAAAGUACUGAGGAAAACAUAAAUGAACCGCGGAUGGAAGAAUUAAAAGAAGUUGAUUAUGAAAAUACUAAUAUAAAGAUGAUUCAAAACGCAACGGGGUCGUCUACAGUCACGGCAAAUGAUAUGCAAGAGCUGAUACUGUUUGGGUCAGGGUCGGGUGAAAGGAUGGGGCAUCAUUUUAAUGGCAACAGAAAUGGACAGGAUGGUGAAAACACAAAUACUAGGGAAGGUGAUCACAAUGAGUUACCGCAGUUAUCAAUUUUUUUUGUCACACACUCAAACAUUAAAAUUGUAAAUGGUAAAGACAACUGAAUGAAUUUACCUCGAAAGAUGCUCGAUUACGUCAGUUAAGGACAGCGAAAGGUCUGGGAACAUGGAUCUUGUUCAUUCGAGUCAUAAAGUUCGGACGGUAUUUGAGUCCUGGUGCGGGGUAUUUAUAUUUAUGUUUUGUUUAUAAGGAUUUUCCUAAUGACAAUAAAUCUUUUGUCAUCAUUCUUCGACAAUGUUGAAAAGUGCUUGUUACUGCCAUGGUUGAAAGAAAACACUGGUAUAGUAUCCAAUAAAUGCUAGCCGGUAUAUAACUGAGAUAAAUUGUACUAUUAAUUUAUCGUAUAGAAUUCUAGAUAUUGCAGCGCCGAUGAAGCAAAAUCUUUUUAUAUACAUGCAUUGUGUUUGUAUAAAAUGGUUGAAAAGUCAAAUGUUUAUUUACUACAAAACAAUGUUUGUUAAUAAUAUGUUAUUAUGUACACCAUGAACUUUAUUAUUACAUGUAUAUCAUUUUGAAUUUCAAUGAAUAUUGGGUGCGUGUAAAACAUACUAGCUGUGCCUCUUACAACAUACAAGCUACGUGUCGAAAAUGUGAUUUUUAAUGUGGAGAAAUGUGAGUUUGAUACCAUUGAUAGGAAAUGGAUAAUAAGGGGAUCAUGUAAAUAGUUUUAUAUAAUUUUUCUGUUGUGUUUAAGUGAGAUUGUAAGAUUUGUGUAUACCUUUAACAUAGAUUUAUAAGUUUCAUAUGAGAAGAGAAAUAUAAAUUUUUAUCUUGUCAAACAUGUCAGGGUAAAGAUUUUCUAAACUAUUUAAAAUAUAUAUAAAAAUCUUUUGAAAUGUAUAAAUAACAAUUUAUUUUAGAUAUUAACGUUAUCUUAUUGUGUUGUUUGAUCA